GUGAUCGUUGUGUAACACAAGCGGUUGGUAAAAGAUUAACAUGGUAUCAGAGCUUUACGUUUGAGAGGACAAAGAACAAAGCACUAGUAAGAAAAACACUUGGCGUGGAGAAAAGGAGGCUAGAGGAUUUUGUCAUACGAUUUUGGAAUCACUCGAAACAAUGAAGAAUCAAGUAAUCCCCAUAUUUGAUGGAUAGAAGUACGAAUUCUGGAGCAUUAAGAUGAUAACCAUUCUCAAGACCAGGAAGUUAUGGUCUGUGGUUGAAGAAGGCGUAGCAGCCCCACCAGCACAAGUGGAUGAAACCCCUGAAACAGCAAGGGCAAGAUCGCUUAGAGAAGAAGCGAUGAUGAACGAUACAUUGGCUUUGCAAAUCUUGCAAACUGCUGUAUCGGAUCAAAUCUUCUCACGAAUUGCAGCAGCAUCAACAUCCAAAGAGGCGUGGGAUGCAUUGAAGGAGGAGUAUAAAAGCUCUCCUCAAGUUCGUUUGAUUAAACUUCAAACAUUGCGAAGGGAGUAUGAGAAUCUGAAGAUGUAUGAGAAUGAAGACAUUAAGGUCUUCACAGAUAAGAUAGUUGAAUUGGCAAAUCAAUUAACUUAUCAUGGUGAACAGAAGUCGGAUGUUCAACUCAUACAGAAGAUACUCAUCUCUCUCCCAGCCAAGUUCGAUAGCAUAGUCAGUGUGUUGGAGCAAACAAGCGAUUUGACUUCAACAAAGAUGACAGUGUUGAUCGGGAUCUUGAAGGCUCAUGAAGCAAGGCUGGCUGCAAGAGAAGAAAGCACCAGUGAAGGAGCAUUCGAUGCUCGUGUUAAAUACAAAAAUUCUGGUGUUACACAAGAUAACUCAAAGCGCCAAGGAGGCAAGAAGUGGUGCGGUUUCUGCAAGAGAAACAACCACAAUGAGAGCGAGUGUUGGAGAAAACAGAAGAAGGAUGAUCCAAAGAAGGAUCACAGAAGUAACAAGGAGUGUUACAAUUGUUGCAAGUUAGGCCACUUUGCAAAUCAGUGCUACUCAAAGAAGAAAGAGAUGGCACAUGUGAGUCUCGAAGAAGACUCAAAUGAAGAUCACAUGUUGUUCAGUGCGAGCGAAGCAGCAACAACAGUGAUGGAAGAUGUCUGGUUAGUAGACAGUGGAACAACUAAUCAUAUGACAAAGGAGGAGAGUUACUUCUCAAAGCUUGAUAGAAGUAUCAAGGUUCCAAUAAAGAUUGGAAAUGGAAGCACAGUCAUGACAGCCGGUAAAGGAGACAUUACCGUCAUGACUAAAGGUGGCAAGAAGACCAUCAGAAAUGUGUUUUUGGUUCCGGGUUUGGCGAAAAAUUUGUUGAGUGUUCCACAAAUUGUUUCAAGCGGAUACCGGGUGAGUUUCCAAGAGAAGAGAUGUAUCAUAGAUGAUGCAAAAGGAAGGAGGAUAAUGGAUAUCCCAAUGACUCACAAAAGCUAUCGGAUCAGGAUGAGUUCGGCUCAGGUAGAAGAAGCCAUGAGCGCUAGUGAGCAAGGAAAGAUGGAGACAUGGCACAAGAGACUUGGUCAUGUAGGCGACAAAAGGUUGCAACAAAUGCAAGACAAAGACUUGGUAAAGGGAUUACCAAAGUUUAAAGUCAAGAAGGAAGCAUGUGAGGCGUGUAGACUUGGAAAGCAAUCACGCAAAAGCUUCCCAAAGGAAUCUCAAACUAAGACAAGAGAGAAGCUUGAGAUUGUACAUACGGAUGUAUGUGGGCCGAUGCAGCAUCAGUCUGUUGAUGGAAGCCGAUACUUUUUGCUAUUCUUGGAUGAUCAUACUCACAUGUGUUGGGUAUACUUCAUGAAGCAAAAGUCAGAGACUUUCUCACUGUUCAAGAAGUUCAAAGCAAUGGUGGAGAAGCAAUCGGAUUGUACUAUCAAGACGCUGAGAUCAGAUGGAGGUGGUGAGUUCACUUCACGAGAAUUCAACCGGUUCUGUGAAGAAGAAGGAAUCAAUAAGCAAGUCACCUUGCCUUAUUCACCACAACAAAAUGGUGCAGCGGAGCGCAUGAAUAGGACCUUGGUGGAGAUGGCUAGAUCGAUGUUGGCAGAGCAAGACUUACCGCUCAAGUUAUGGGCAGAAGCGGUAUACACUGCCUCAUACCUUCAAAACCGUCUACCAUCAAAGGCGAUAGAGGAAGAUGUCACUCCUAUAGAGAAGUGGUGUGGACACAAGCCAGAUGUGUCACACAUGAGAAUGUUUGGUAGCAUAUGCUACAUACAUGUCCUGGAUCAAAAGAGGAGGAAGCUAGACGUCAAGGCAAAGCGUGGAGUCUUUGUUGGAUAUAGCAACCAAUCCAAAGGCUAUAGAGUUCUCAUCUUGGAGAAUGAGAAAAUUGAAGUAUCAAGAGAUGUCGAGUUUGAAGAAAGCAAUAAGUGGGAUUGGAAGAGGCAAGAAGAAGUGAGGAAGACAUUGGAGUUGUCUAUGGAAGACUCUCAAUCGCCUGAAGAACAAACCGAAGGUGCAUUAAGCCCUGAGGAACAAACCGAAGGUGCAUCCAGCCCUGAGGAACAAUUCGGAGGUACUUUCAGUCCUGUUCUCUUUCAAAAUGAUGAUCAUGAUACUAGUAGUGGAGAUGAAGAAACUUCUAAGGCACCAAAGAAGUUCAAGUCUAUGGUUGAUAUCAUGGAAAUGGCACCGAGAGUAGAGCUUGAUGAAGCGGCUCAAGCUAUAGAAACUUGUCUUCAUGCAAAUGAAGAACCAUACACUUAUGAUGAAGCGUGUGGUACCAAGGAAUGGAGAGAAGAAAUGAAUGAGGAGAUAGCCAUGAUUGAGAAGAACAAGACGUGGAAACUAGUGGACAAGCCAAAGAAGAAGAAUGUAAUAAGUGUGAAGUGGAUCUACAAGAUCAAGACCGAUGCAAAUGGCAAUCACAUCAAGCACAAGACGCGGCUAGUUGCAAGAGGGUUCUCUCAAGAGUAUGGUGUUGACUAUCUUGAGACGUUUGCUCCUGUCUCAAGACAUGAUACAAUACGAGCCAUACUUGCCUAUGCGGCUCAGAUGAAGUGGCAAUUGUAUCAGAUGGAUGUGAAGUCAGCCUUUCUCAAUGGCGACCUCAAGGAAGAAGUGUAUGUCACACAACCGCCUGGGUAUGUGACACACGGGAAGGAACACAAGGUGUUAAGGCUACACAAAGAUUUAUAUGGUUUAAAGCAAGCCCCAAGGGCAUGGUAUGGAAGGAUAGAUUCAUACUUUCUUCAAAACGGUUUUGAGAGGAGUAUGAAUGAUGUGGCCUUAUACAUCAUGAAGCAAGGAGGAGAUGUGUUGAUCGUGAGCCUAUAUGUGGAUGAUAAAAUCAUCACAGGAAGCAACAUUCAGAGCAUCAGUACAUUCAAGGAGAACAUGAAGAAAGAAUUCGAGAUGGUGGAUCUUGGAUUGUUGAACUACUUUCUUGGAAUGGAAGUAAUUCAAGACAAUGGAGGCAUAUUUCUUUCACAAGAAAAGUAUGCAAACAAACUUGUAGACAAGUUUGGGAUGCGAGACAACAAGAGUGUAAGCAACCCACUUACACCACAAGGAAAAGAAGUUGAGGAUGACAAGGAGUAUGGAGAUCCGACAAAGUAUAGAAGCAUCAUUGGAGGGCUUUUGUACUUGUGUGCAUCAAGACCUGAUGUGAUGUAUGCAAGCGCUUAUCUCUCAAGAUACAUGUCAUCACCUCGCAUGAAGCACUACCAAGAAGCCAAGAGGGUGUUAAGAUAUGUCAAAGGAAUAUCAAACUUUGGAGUGUACUUCACAAGCGUGAAAGAACCAAGACUUCUAGGCUACACGGACAGCGAUUGGGGUGGUUCUAAGGAAGACAAGAAAAGCACUUCAGGUUAUGUGUUUACUCUUGGAUCAGCCAUGUUUUGUUGGCAGUCAAGCAAGCAACAAACAGUGGCGCAAUCAACGGCUGAGGCGGAGUACAUAGCCGUGUGUGCAGCAGCAAAUCAAGCAGUGUGGUUACAAAGACUAUUUGAAGACUUUGGUCAGAAGUUUGAAGGAGGCAUUCCGAUCUUAUGUGACAACAAAUCAGCAAUAGCAAUUGGGAAGAAUCCAGUGUAACACAGAAGGACGAAGCACAUAGAGAUCAAGUACCAUUUUGUGAGGGAAGCUGAGCAAAAGGGAAUCAUUAAACUGAAGUAUUGCAAAGGGGAUGAUCAACUCGCAGACAUUCUCACAAAGGCAUUGGGUGGUUCAAGAUUUGAAGAUCUAAGGAAGCAGCUUGGAGUCAAGUCGAGAUAUGAUUAAGGAGGAGUGUUAGACUAUAUAAUCUAAUCUCUCCUUGAUACAUUUACAUAAGUUAGUUAUUUAUGUUAUUAAAUAAAGAGUUGUAACUCUUCAAGUUGUGUCCUUUAGUAUAAAGAGUUGUGUCUCUUAUACUUGUAUUGAUUCGAUCUCUAUAUAAAGAUCAAUCAUCUGUUGUAAACAUAAUCACCGAAUCUCAAUAAUACAGAAGUAUUUUCAGAAAAGUUUAUAAGCUUGAAACGUUUAUUUUAUUCUUUCUCUCGAACUCGUGUGUAACACACUGUGAUCGUUGUGUAACACAAGCGGUUGGUAAAAGAUUAACAUUAUUAAGUCUUAAUGGAUUUGAUCGAUCACCAUCUGUUUUUUUUGUUUUUUUAUUCUUCUUUUGUUAUUUAAAUGAAAUUGUCUUACUUGCAGUUCAUUGAUACACAUGCCAUCUGGGACUUAGUGGAUUCCGCAGCACUUCAAGAUUUGAAACCUGACAUCAUUGCUGCCAAUAUCGAUGCAUUUUUAUGCGUAAAGAUCUUCCCCCUCCAAUCUCCAUGUCGAUAUCGUCCCCAAAGGUGAUGAUUCUAGAAUAUGUGUAUAUAUAUAUUUUGUUAAUAAAAAAAAUUGUGUUAUUUAUGUAAACUAUUUCUUUUCAGGAAAUAGGCGUUCCAGAAUCCCAAAAAUUGCAAAAUUCAUUCUAUUCCAUGCAUUGACUCAUCGUAGAUUACCAACAACCUUGCUGGUACUCGCAGAAGACAUUCUUAGAGACCACCCUCUCUUCAUGACCAUUUGUCAAGCUGUGACAUCGAGAGGUCUGAAUCUCAUUUUUCAGACGCCCAAGUCCAUAUUAACGUCUGAGUUAUAUUUGGAUCCCCAAUUAAGAAGUUGGUUCUGAUUGGACUCUUCAUGUUCAUUGCUCUUCGAAAUAAGCUUUUCGUGGUCACUGCCCUUGUGUGUGUUUUUCUUUUAUUUAUUUCAAUGCAGUUUGAAUACGUGGGUUUUGUAAAAUAUAACUUAUUGUGCUCUUCCUUUAUGGUUUAGGAUAACAAUUAUCUAAUAAUGUUGGGUUCUUCUUCUGAUCAUUUUUGUAAUAUGGGUAUAAAAUCUUCAACCUUUGAAAUUGAAAGGUUUCACUCUCGUUGUUCUGCCGCCUAAACCCAUAUUAAUGUCUAUGUUUCUUUUGGCGUCCAAAUUAACAUAAUUUUGUAUUUAAAAUUUUGUACAUGGUUUAUAUUUAAAUUUAGUUACAUAAUUUGUUUUAUUAUUAUUUUAGUUGGAUUUUGAGAAGAAUUUGAUCUUUGUUAUACAGCGUUUAUCCAGUAUCUAUAUACAGUAUUAGAAAGGAAGAAAAAAACAUUUUCCAAUGUCAGUUGAAACAGUCCAUGCAAAUAAGUGCAAUGCAUACAUGGAACUUCAUGCAAAGAACACAGACCAAUAAGCUUUGAAAUUGAAAGGUUUGUUAUCAUCGUUCAAACCCUACUAAAUUUAAAGCCCAUCGAGCAUUACGGAAGUGAUCCUAAUUGAUGUCGUACGUAGACUCAAUGAUGAAAGAUAAUCUAAACCUCCUUAACCUGAACUUCCAAAUAGUGGUUGUCAUUGAAGGGUCUUAAGACUCUUACUGCAUGCUUUGCGUGCUAAUAUUUACACAAAUGUGACCUUUGGCUAUUUGUUUCUAGAUUGAUCAUGUCUUAGAUUCAACUUACAAGGAGAUGUCUGAGCUCAGUAACAAGGGCUUGUGACCUAUGUCGUGACAUUGAGAUGGCCUGUACAACAUGACAACAUCAAAGAACCAAACACAUCAAAAUUGAUAUUCAAAAGUAGGGAAUGGAGAGGUUCACGUCUUACACAUUCCUUCCACGCUACAAUAUGCUGACAUUUUUACAAAAAGACUACCUUCAUCCCUCUUCAGCUUCCCAUCCAGUCUUGGCGUGAGAGACUCCACGCUGCAACUGCGGGAGGGUAUUAGAUAAGAUAACUAUCUUUGUAUAGUUUAGAUAUUGCUUUGUAUAUUUUCCUAGAUUCCUGUUAGUCUAGAGGAGACCCCCCAUAUCUCUCAACUAAUGUGUACUAUAUCUUGUGAAGUCAAUACACAUACAUUCUAAGGGAAGCAUACUUACUUUCAGAAACUGGGACACACAACCAUCGACUUAGGAAUAUCACCAGAAAAGCGAUCCUAUGGACAGAGACUUAAGUCGGUAGAGGGACAUCUCGUCUGCUUCCCUUUAGAUUUCAAGUGCAAAGAAGAUCUAAUUAAGACCUUUCUUCAAUGGGAGUAAAUACUACGUCUCCUCUCAAGUCUUCCGUUCAGAUCAUAUACCUUGCAUCUUGUUUGUGGAUAUAUUCAGUGACCGGUCCAUACGAAAAUAACUUCAUUGUUAUAUUUAAUCAAUUCAACUCACAUAUUGUUUAUGGGAAAGAAGUAAAGAUGUCUGUAUAGAGAGGGAUAUGUGGGAACUCAGAAGAGAAGCCAUUUUACUAUUAUUGGUUGCUCUCUUCUGAUGUGAAGAAAGAAAGAAAGAAAGAAAGAAAGAAAGAAAGAAAGAAAGAAAGAAAGAAAGAACAAAGUCAUUUUCUAAAAGUUAAAAAUAUUUACUAUCUUAUGCCUAAAUUUUAAAUUUAUCAGCCACCCACAUAUGAUUUGUAAGUAUGCGAAAGAAGACUAGUGAAUAAACUAAAGUCGGUGUCGAGAUCCACGAGGAGCCAUGUGACAAUGACUUUGUGUCUCUUGUUGUUUGCCUCUGAAUCAAACAACUCCAUCUUUGCCACUUGCAUCUCUUCGUUGUGUCAUUUGUUUGUUUCGACUGUUUGGAUCUAUUUGUGUGUUAUGUCCCAACUUACAAAAGAAAAUUCAAAAUGAAAAGUUAAGUAUGUGGAGGAUUUGGUGGUCAGUUGUAUACGUAAACACACACAUUUACAAGAUACUACGGAAAGGGGUUACCAGAGCUAAAUUAAAUUAAAUUGUAGCUUUACAGUAUGUCGCUAAUUCAUUGUAUAUUUUUAUUUCAUCCUUUCUAAAAUAGGAUUUAGAUAUGGAUCGUUAGUUUGCUCCAUUGUGACCAUGCAUUUAGCAUAUUCCAUCUACUGCAUAAUAAUUUAUAUUAUCUCUUUCCGUUGUAGCUUUAUUUCACUACAAUAUUAUCAUGAAGUACCGCCCACAUCAUUAAGUCCGCACUCUCUUAAUUAACAAUUAUUCAAACUUAAUUUUAAUAUGAAAGUCGUAAGCACUGAUAUCUAUGGAUACCUAAUAAAUCUAGCAAAGUAGCCAUGUAUAAAAUCUAACGUAUAUGAAAUAUAAAUGAAUAAAUUUGAUUUAUAAUUGCAAAAAAAAGUAAAGCUUAGAAGAAACUUUCGAUUGAGUUUCCCGUAAAAUUUAGAAUCCCACAAUUAUAUACGCAUAUAUAAUAUAUACAUACGUAAAUGUGUAUUUUAAGAACUUACGAGUAAAAAACCCUUAAUAAAGUUGCUCUUAGUAAAAAAAAAAACUAUAAAUUGAAAGGAAAAGUAAAGCUUAGUAAAAAAAAAAAAGCAAACCAAAAGGUAAUAAAGACCCCACUCAAAUGUGAUUAUAUAUACACACAACACACAUAUUUUUGUAUGUAAGAACAUGUGAAUGAUAGGAACAUAUCAUCUGACUAAGGUGUGAUUGAAUAACAUUUUUAAAGAUAAAGAGUUGUUUUGGAUCAAAGGCAUUUACCAUUAGCUUUUAGAUUCGAGAAACUCUCACAGCCACAACUUUUUACGACAAGUGCUUAUUGUUUAACAAACCCCACAUGAUAUCAUUUUAUAUAAUUCCACCACAUUCAUUAAUAUAUUGAUUUGCUUCCACAACCACAUUUAAUCUUGACGUUUUACUAUUUAAAAGUAUAUACAUCUCUAUCAUAAUGACUUAAGGAUGUAUUAAGCAGCUAUAAUUGAUUCAUUUGUCGGUGUUAAAACUUUAUUUUAUAUCGUGACGAAAGUUUUUGAUUGGUUAUUCACUGUGGUUGUUGUAACGGGUUCGAGUCAUUUGACCUCAAACUUAGCAUAUGUCCAUUUGAUGAUUGCGUUGAAAUGACAUUUUCGCCUAACACAUCCUCAAUACAGGUUGUAUAGAUGCAUAUACCAUUUUGAAGUACGAAAUACACUAUUGGACAGAAAAUACAUGUUAUAGAUACAUACGCAUAUAAUACACCAAAUUGACAUACAUAUAGUUUUUCUUAAGUAAAAUUUUACUUGCCUAUCCUAUAUGUAUUUUGGGCUCUAGUAUAGAAACUCGUGCAUCUAUAAUUCGUUUACGAGUCUAAAUACAUAUAUACAACAAGUAAACAGAAAAGCUUGUGGUUUUAUAAUAAAAUUUAUUUUAGCCAUGUAUAUUUUAAAUUUAUGUUGAAUUAGUCUAUUCUUAGACUAUUUUGUCUAGAUAUGUUCAUGAUUUUAUGCUAUUGUGAUUGGUUUAUAUAUAUAUAUAUUUGAGUUUAAACAUAUAUUUUCUUAGUUUUGUAUCUCCUUUGAAGUAAAUAGGAUGUGAUGCAAUUUUACCAUUUAAUCUUCUUUUAUCAAUAAAAAUAUACAUACUUUUUUAACCAAUAAAAUACAUAUACGUUUCCUUAAACUGACCAAAUAUAACCACUUGUUAUAGCCUUCAACGAUGUAUAUAAAAAAAUUGUCGUCAACUUUAUGCUUAUCAUAUACGUGUCCUUAUCGACAUGCAAAAAUAAUGUAUUGUACACAAUAAAAGGCUUAGAAUAGUCGAAGAAGAGAAAUAUAAAGAUGAUGAUGAGUCAUAGAGACCAUUCACCAGCUUAUAAGUAGUAAAUCCAGCAACAGGAAAAAUAAUCAACCGAGAAACUCCGAUCAAGAAUCUUCACCGGAGAAAGGGAUCGUAAGAGCACUUGAGAAUGGUGCUUCUGCCUGCUUUCUUGGAUGGGUUGGCGAGAAGUGUGUCGAUGAAGAAAGGAAAAUAUAUACCAGAAGAUGAAGAUGGAGGGGGAGAGAUCGCAAAAUUGUUGAUGAAAGAUGCCAAGAAGAACUCGACUUUGCUUGGCUCAUCAGGCUUUGUUAAGUCAGAAACUUCUAAGAGAUUCACCUCUAUUUGUUCUAAUAGAGGUGAGAAAGGAAUCAACCAAGAUCGUGCCAUUGUUUGGGAGGAGUUUGGGUGCCAAGAAGACAUAACAUUUUGUGGGAUGUUCGAUGGACAUGGACCAUGGGGACAUGUGAUAACCAAAAGAGU